GUAGCUUACUUCCUUUCCUGACGCGACUUCCCUACAACGCUGUUUGCGCGUCUAUAUUUGUGGCCGUUUUACAGCAAAACUGGAUUAUAAAACCAUUCCAAGUAGGCGGACACACUGCAAGAUAACUUUCACCAGGACAUAGAUUGACUGCUUCCUUCAGCUAUGUCUCGUUUCUUCGCCACCGGGUCUGACAGCGAGUCAGAGGAGUCCUCAUCGGCUGAUGAGACCACCACUAAAGGAACCGGAGCAAUUUACAAGCAGUCGAUGCUGCUUAGUGAUGAUGAGGAGGACACUAAGAGAGUGGUGCGCAGCGCAAAAGACAAAAGGUUUGAGGAGUUGACCAACCUUAUCAAGACCAUCAGAAAUGCGAUGAAGAUUCGAGACGUGUCCAAAUGUCUUGAGGAUUUUGAGCAGUUAUGUCGAGCCUUCCUCAAAAGCAAGACGAUAGUGGACAAAGAGGGCGUUCCCCCUUUCUAUAUCCGCCUUCUUGCCGACUUGGAGGACUACGUGAACCAGCUUUGGGAGGACAAAGAGGGCAAGAAGAAGAUGAACAAAAACAACGCAAAAGCUCUCAGUACGCUGCGUCAGAAGAUCCGCAAGUACAACCGAGAUUACGAAACGGAAGUAGCUGCAUACAAGGAGAACCCUCAGGAGUCUGCUGAUGAAGAGGAGGAGAAGGAGGCAGGGGAUUCUGGCUCCUCUUCUGAUAGCGAGGAAGAGGAUGGUGAAGAUGGAGUGUCAGUAAAGGCCUUCUUAAAGAAAAAGCCUGAGGUUGCCCCAGAGGCCAGCAAGUUCCUCAAGUCUGCUAAAGGAUCUGGGGAUGAGUCUUCGUCUAGUGAUGAUGAGGAUGACGCAGACUGGGGCUCAGACACUGCCGGCAGUGGCAGUGAUAGCUCGGAUGGCGGGGAUGAAAAGAACGCUUCCAUGGCUUUGGUGUUCCUCAAGAAGAUUCACGACGGUGAGAAGUCUGGUGAAAAGAAGCUCGGGAAGAAGAAGAAACUCAAGAAAAAGGAGCGCCUUGAGGAGGAGGAGGAGGGAGGAGAGGAGGUUGAGGGAGAAUGGGAGAAGGUGAAAGGCGGCGCCCCAAUGGAAAAGCCCAAGAUGUUUGCCAAAGGCACAGAGAUCAACGUACCCGUCGUGGUGAAGAAGCUGAAUGAGAUCCUGCAAGCAAGAGGCAAAAAGGGCACCGACAGGGCGGCCCAGAUUGAACUGCUCCAUGCGCUGUCCAGCAUCGCGGGUGAGAAUAACUUGGGCCAAGGAGUCAUGGUCAAGAUUAAGUUCAACAUCAUCGCCUCCCUGUAUGACUACAACCCCAACCUGGCGGCAUUCAUGAAGCCUGAUAUGUGGAAGAAGUGCCUGGAGUGUAUCGACGAGCUGCUGGACAUCCUGUUUGAACACAGCGACAUCUUCAUCGGGGAGAACAUUGCCGAGGACAGUGAGAAUCUGGUUAUCUCAGACCAGCCCUUGAGGGUGCGUGGGUGCAUUUUAACGUUGGUCGAGAGGAUGGAUGAAGAAUUUAACAAGGUCAUGCAGAACACCGAUCCCCAUUCACAAGAAUACGUUGACAAUCUGAAAGACGAGGGACGCGUUUGUGGCAUCGUCGACAGACUGCUCGACUACAUGGAGACCAAGGGCAGCACGGAGGAGAUUUGCCGCAUCUACCUUCGCAGAAUCAUGCACACCUACUACAAGUUUGACUAUAAGGCUCACCGGCGCAGCCUGGGCCUCGAGCUGGAGUCCAAGUCCGAGCAGGACCAGGGAGAGAGCGAGGGGGUGGACAGCGCCGUGAUCAUGGACCGUCUCUGCAAGUUCAUCUACGCCAAAGAUCGCACCGACCGUAUCCGUACCUGCGCCAUCCUCUGCCACAUCUACCACCACGCUCUGCAUUCACGGUGGUACCAGGCCCGCGACCUGAUGCUCAUGAGCCACCUGCAGGACAACAUCCAGCACGCUGACCCCCCCGUACAGAUCCUGUACAACAGAACCAUGGUGCAACUUGGCAUUUGCGCAUUCAGGCAGGGCAUGAUUAAAGACGCCCACAACGCCCUGCUGGACAUCCAGUCCUCUGGCCGAGCCAAGGAGCUCCUGGGUCAGGGUCUGCUCAUGAGGAACAUGCAGGAGAGGAACGCCGAGCAGGAGAAGAUUGAAAAGAGAAGACAAGUGCCGUUCCACAUGCACAUCAACCUGGAGCUGCUGGAGUGUGUGUACCUGGUGUCGGCCAUGCUGCUGGAAAUCCCCUACAUGGCCGCGCACGAGUUUGAUGCCCGCCGCAGGAUGAUCAGCAAGCAGUUCCAUCACCAGCUCAGGGUUGGAGAGCGACAGCCGUUGCUGGGACCCCCAGAGAGCAUGAGGGAGCAUGUGGUGGCAGCCAGCAAGGCCAUGAAGAUGGGAGACUGGGGGACCUGCCACUCAUUCAUCAUCAACGAGAAGAUGAACAGCAAAGUGUGGGACCUGUUUCCCGAGACGCAGCGAGUGCGCGAGAUGCUCGUCAGGAAGAUCCAAGAAGAGUCGCUGAGGACUUACCUGUUCACCUACAGCAGCGUAUACGACUCCAUCAGCAUGGAAACGCUGACUGAGAUGUUUGAGCUGGAGAUCCCCACCGUCCACAGCAUCAUCAGCAAGAUGAUCAUCAACGAGGAGCUGAUGGCGUCCCUCGACCAGCCCACGCAGACCGUGGUGAUGCACCGCACCGAGCCCACCUCCCUGCAGAACAUGGCCCUGCAGCUGGCCGAGAAGCUGGGCAGCUUGGUGGAGAACAACGAGCGCGUCUUCGACCUCAAGCAGGGGAUCUACGGCGGGUACUUCAACAGAGAUCAGAAAGGUGGCUACCAACAGAAGUCUUACAACAGAGAUGGUGGGAGAGGGGGUUACCAGCAGAAUCGGGGAGGCUACAAUCGUGGUGGCUACAGAAACCAAAACUACCAAGGCCACCAAAACUAUCAAGGCCACCAAAACUACCAAGGCCAUCAGGGCUACCAAGGCCACCAAAACUACCAGAGCAACUACUGAGCUGGACGCGCGUGGCGUUCAGGCUCUGCGCCUGAACCGGUCUUUACUCCACGACCGGAACAUCGGUCUGGGUUUCUGUGCGGUUCUUCCCGCCGUCAGACGCCGCCGAAACGGCCCAAAGUUAUUGCAGCAAUCGCUCGUCCCACUGCGGCCGCUCAGCGGUAUUUCAGUUCUUAUUUCAGUUAUUAUUAUUGCCAGAACAUUGUAAUAAUAGAGGAGUUGCAAAUAAACAAUUACAACGAUUAAA